AGUAGAGUCAAUCGGUAUAAAAAAUAAUUUAGCCAAUCAAUCAAGAGCGUACGAAGAAUUAAAGUGUAAAUCAAAAGCUGUUGAAGAUGAUAAUAUACUAGAAAAAUCAGUCGAUAUUCCUGCUGGAAAAAAUGAAAAAAAUCACCAAGACCACAUCUGUUGUGAUGAAAAUUGCGGGUUAUUGAGAUUUGGAAUAGUUCAAAAAAUAAUUUACACUCAAAGUAAUGAUGCUGAGGAUGUUCCAUUUUCAUCGGCGUGUGUUCGAUGUGGCUUGUGCCUCGCAAUAGCCGAUAAGGUCAUUGCUCUGUUCAAUUUAUUCAUUUUUAAUGCAAAUAUUGUGCAUUAUUCUGUAGACGCAUAAUUUAAAUAGUUUAUUCUUUUUCUUUUUAUGUAUUGCUCAAUUAAUGUAUAUUUAUGUUAUUAAUGGUUUAACAAUUCCGUGUGAAAUUUUAUCAAUUAUACAGAUUAAUAAAACAUUAAUGGAUCUGCAUGAUAAUAUGCCACCCGACCAAUGGCUUAAUGUCACAGAUAUUCAUGUUCUUCUCAGUAUAAUAUGCGAUGAAUCAUUUAUACGUUAUCGACUACGUGAAAUCAAUGGUGAUCGUUUCAUUGGUGAAAAUUAUCCAGGGUCUAUUCUCAUUGAGUCCACCAAUAAUCAACUUUGGGAAGAAAAUUUGAGAAAAAAAUGUAAUGAAUUGAUAGAAGAUAUUGGUGCUGAAAAAAUGUACAAUUAUUGGAAAGAGUGGUAUGCUGGUUACGAUAGAAACUUUCGUAUUAUUUUAUGCCGUGGCGAUGUUGGAAUAUUACGUGAAUGUCGCAGUUUCAAAGACGUAAUUGAAUUACCAGCUCUUGAAGAUGAUGAAGAAGAAGAAGAUUCUGACUUUGGUAUCAAAAUAAAUGCUAAACUUGAAUGUACCUAUGAUUGA